AUGGUUGCGAACCCUCUGGGGAGAAGUGAACAAGAACAUGAAGACCUGGGUCUAAGAGAAAGAUAUGCAGAAGUCAGAAGGGAAGAUGCUCACCUUGCAGUUACUGUGGAAACACUUUUUCAGCCUGAUGAAAGAGGUCAAAUGCCACAGAUCAUUGUGCUGCUGGGUGGUGCAGGGAUUGAAAAGACAGCGACAGCAAGAAAGAUCAUACUAGACUGGGCAAGAGGAGCCAUUUAUGCACAAUUUUACUGUGCUUUCUACAUAAACUGUAGAGAAAUCAACUUUUCCCAGCAGGCAGAUAUGCUGAGUCUGGUGGAUCUGAUCUCAGCUUGUUGUCCUUGUGGAAAGGCACGACCUGAAGCAAUCCUGGCUAGUCCCAAAAAAACCCUGUUCAUCACUGAUGGCUUUGAUCAAUUGAGGUUUUCCUUGGAUCAGCCAAAAAAAAAAAAAACAAAACUGUGUACUGACUGUGGUGAAAGGAAGCCAGUCAAAAUCAUUCUGGGAAGUUUAUUUCAGAAAACUGUCCUCUCUCAGUCCUCCUUGCUCAUCACUACAGGACCAACAGCUCUUCAAAGACUGGGGCAGUUAAAAGGAGGAGAUUAUGCAGAAAUAAUGGGCUUUUCAGAUGCUAAGAAGGAGGAAUAUUUCCACAAGUUCUUCAGGGAUGAAGAAAAAUCAAUAAAAGCCAUUACCUUUGCCAAAAGAAAUGACACUUUCUUUGCCAUGUGCCUUGUACCCAUCAUGUGUUGGACCAUCUGUACUGCCCUUGAACAAGAACUUAAUGAAGGGAAAGGUCUUGUCCAGACUUCUAAAACAACCACAGAGCUGUACAUGCUGUACCUUUCCAACUUAUUCAAGUGUGGGAGUGAUGAUCUGAAACAGGAUAUGAAGAAGUUCCUGAGCAGAUUUUGCUGCAUGGCUGCUGAUGGAAUCUGGAAGUGGAAGACCCUGUUUCUUGAAAAGGAGAUUGAGGUCUUCCUUCACCUGAGCUUUAGAGAGGUUUUUGCAGCAUUGUUCUAUGCACUGGAGGACAAUGAGGAAACAGGAGAAUUGGGGACACUAGGGAAGGAUAUAAAGAAAGUGUUAGAAAAAUAUA